AUGGAAUUAAGUCAUUGUUUCGAUCAAAAACUUCAAAAAGGUGGUCAUAAUAAGUCAUACCAUAUUGAACUUGUUCCCAUAGUUGGUGCAUUUGGCAGGAUCAUAAUGGAAGAAGUCUCUUAUACAUUAAUCCCAAAUAGUAUACCAUAUGUUAAUUCAACCCAUGAUUAA